UUCCGCUACCGGACAGCAUGGAGACUGUAUAAUGGUCCCUGUGGAUCCAAUUGUUCGGUUCAUAGCAUAGGACAAAGAGGUUCUGAUGGUAAUGGAGAAUGGAAGUGUUUAUCAGGGUGCUUAACACAGUUACCUGUACACGACCACGGUUACACUGUGACAGGAGUGAGCGCGAGCGAAGACUGGGAACAAGGGGAAGAGACUUUCAACUAUACAUUUUCGAACCCCGGAAGGUUUUUGGUCGGUUUUAGAGGGAGUGCUUGGAUCGCUUUGGAUAAUGGCAAAGGUAGCAGUUUUUGGAGCGUACAGACCAAUGUCCGCAAUGACACAGGCAACCCUAAUGCCAGUCCAGCCACAUUGAGUCAACCCUUCUACAGAGUGCAAGCCGGAUGCCCGUUCAACUUGGAUAUUCCUGUCACCGACGCUGAUGGUGACCAUGUCCGUUGCCGAUGGUCGCGAGGACAAGAGUGCGCUUCUGUUUGCGGAGCUCUCCCUGGAGCGAAGUUGUACUCAAAUUGCACCCUGGAUAUCCCACUGAUUGCUGGAUCCAACAGAGCAAGUCCUUGGCUUGCUGCUGCCAUUACUAUAGAGGACUUCCCGGUGUUAGACAUAACGCAGGGUGGUGUCCAUAAGACCUCUGUCACGCCCCUGUCAUCCAUACCGUUACAGUUCCUGAUGAAGAUACAAAACACUGGCAGGACACACAACAGACAGGCAUGCGAUGUUAAACCAUCGAUACUGAAUGCAGGCCAUAACAGUGAACCCUUGCCUCUCGACUUCGGAAGCACGUUUAGGAAACGGGUGUUUGCGAAUGCAAGCUCUACGUCACAUCCAAUCACCGAAAUCAAGGCAUUUGGGCCUGCCGGGAUGAAAGUGCUUCCACUUGGAACUCUAAGCAACAUCACAAAAUACGUCGAUGUCUAUUGGACGCCGUCUUCUGAUCAGACCGGGGAGGUCAUCAUCUGUUACCAGGCCAAGGAUUCAGCAGGCAAAUCAAGUGAUUCCGUGUGUGACACAAUCAAGAUAAACGCAGAACCGGUAACCAGAGCACCGGAAAGCAGCACGGUUUCCGGGGCAAAUUUUACCACAGCACAGACAACUGUGAAAAUUACGAACCGACGUGGUGGACAUUCACCUGGUUUCAAAGCGUGGUACUUUGCACUCAUUGCCGUUGCGGCUUUGUGUCUCUUAACUACCUGCUGUGUUGCUUAUUGUUGUUGGAAAAAACACAAGCCAAUGCGCUGCAGCAAAAUACGAGACACAGGAUCAGAAGCGGCCGAAAGUAUCACUGACCUUAAAAAGAAAGCAGAGCCCAACGAAGCCUCAUGCGAAAAGAGACCGAGUCUUGCCUACCCUCCUCCGAAUUACACGUUUGAUGCGGUGUGUGGUGGAAGACGUAGCUUCCAAGAGGUGAUGUUUCCAAUGGACCAAGCAGUUGUUGGAGUCCCUGCUCCCCCCUACGAUGAUACCAGUGGUUCCCCCUAUCGCGAAGUUAAUCAUCAUGAAAACUACACAUAUGCCGGCGGUGCACCUCCAUCCGUUGUCAAGGGGGCUCUUCCACCUCUACGAAUACAGUGCCCACCUGUGUUAACCUCAUCUCGAAGACCACUGCCUCCGCUUUAAGUAAUUAUUCUUUAUAGUUUACAGAAACGGUAAUUUCGUGUUAUUAUCUCCAAUGACAAUGUUUUAGAAAAAGAGAUUAAACAAAAUCUUAAUUAUAGAUACGCAAUGCAUGUUCGAUUGAAAACCAAAUCCGUCUGGUGUCUGUUACUUAUGUAAUUUUAUAUAAUUGAGGCAAAGUUCUAGUAUAUCAUAGACGUAAUCUGAUAGUUGUAAUACUACUUUAACUUUUCUCUUAAUGGCUGUCGAAAAAGUGUAUGAUUACGGAUGUGAUUAGUUAAUACCCGCAGACGAGAUAAGCCACGAGUACAUUAUGGUAGUAAAUCAUAUUGCGUUUAAUACAGAACCAUCAGAUAUACACAUUGGCAUCUGUGGUAAUGAUUUAUGGUUUUUUGUUUUUCAAAUCUUGAUAAUA